UGGGGUCGUAUAUAUGGCAAAUACCUAAAAGAGAAGAGUGGAGUUCCCCUGUAACUCUUUGGCUGUUUGGGUCUCUCCAUCCAUCCUUCCAUUUCCUCAAGGCUUUCCUGAAUAUCCCAAAGCAGACAUGACUUUCCACAGGCACUCAGGCCCUCGCAGCUAUCUGAGCUCCACAAUGACUGAGCGUUUUGACUGCUACUACUGCAGAGACAACCUGCAGGGAAAGAAGUACGCCAACAAAGAUGACAAGAACGUGUGUGUGCGCUGCUUCGACAAGCUCUGCGCCAACACUUGCGCUGAGUGUCGCAAACCUAUAGGCGCUGAUGCAAAGGAGCUGAACCAUAAGAACCGCCACUGGCACGAGGGCUGCUUCCGCUGUGCCAAGUGCUACAAGCCGCUGGCAAACGAGCCCUUUGCUGCCAAGGACGAUGGCAAGAUCAUGUGUGGGAAGUGUGGCGACCGUGAUGGAUCGCCUCGCUGCCAGGGCUGCUACAAAGUGAUUGCGUCGGGAUCUAAGAAUGUGGAGUACAAGCAUAAAGUCUGGCAUGAAGAGUGUUUCACCUGCUAUGAGUGCAAGCAGCCCAUCAGCAGCCAGAGCUUCCUGACCAAGGGUGAUGAUAUGUACUGCACUUCCUGCCAUGAGAAGAAGUUCGCCAAGCACUGUGUCCGGUGCAAAGAGGCCAUUACCAGUGGUGGGAUCACCUAUCAGGACCAGCCUUGGCACUCGGAGUGCUUUGUGUGUCACACGUGCAAGAAGCCACUGGCUGGAGCUCGUUUCACGCCCCAUGAAGAUCAGUUCUACUGUGUGGACUGCUAUAAGACUGAUGUGGCCAAAAAGUGCUCUGGAUGCCAGAAUCCUAUUACAGGGUUUGGCAGAGGGACCAAUGUGGUGAACUACGAGAACAAAUCCUGGCAUGAAUAUUGCUUUAACUGCAAGAAAUGCUCACUCUCCAUGGCCCACAAGCGUUUUGUCAUCAACGGAGAGGACAUCUACUGCUCUGACUGUGCCAAAAAGCUGUGAGGGCUGAUAGGAUGUGAUGAGGCUGAUUAACAAAAGCAAUUAGUAUUGAUGAAAUAGAUGUCAAACUAGCAAAGCUUUGAGUGCUCAACUAAAGAGAAACCAGUGAUGGUGUUUGUGCUGUUAAAUCACUGGAAGUUUGAUAUCAUUUUUAUAAAGCUCUUGGAACAAAUAGUGAGUGCUAUGUGAAGGGCUUUUAUUAUGCAAAAUAUGUAACUGCAAUCAUAAAUGUAAUCGCUGGAUAUGCAAACCUAACAAUGCAUUUUAAUAAGUUUCAGUUAUUGCAAAGCUAUGGUAAAACAGUGCGAUGUCACAAUAGGAAUACAACAUACGUACAUUGCUGUAAGAUUUAAUGUGUUGAAAUAAUUCAGUAAAUUCAUUUUGCUUUGUGGAAAAAAUGUUUUAUUAACAACUGUAAGGAUGAAAAAAAAUCUAACAAAAAAAACAAAAACAAAAAACUGUAAUGAACAUUACAUUUGAGAUGUAUUGAGCAUGAAACAAUAAAUGACUCCAAAGAACAUUUUAUUUUA